GUUUGACAUCUGUCAGUAUAUUCGUUCACGUUUUUGAUUUUGAUAUUUUUGAUCAAUCAUUUUGAAGACAUCAAAUACAGGUUCCCUCAUGCAGUCUUGUCAAAACGAACGAAAUUUCCAAAACCCUUGCGAGACAAAAACAGCUGUUGUUUAAGAUUACAAAAGUAUUUUUAUCGCGGACAAAAAUAUGGUUUUGUUUUUAUAACGUCAAUCAAGGAUAUUGGCAGUUAUCGUCGAGAAGUAUUGUAGUACGGUCGUCUGUUUUCUAGUGUGAUUUUGAUUGCGAUAUUAAGAACGCAGUUCGUCAUGUCUAGUGAGAAGCCCGCGGCUGCAGCGUUGGGGUCUAGUGUAGCAAGUUCUCAGGCGCUACAGCCUGCUGAAGAUGAGAAUACUAAGUCGUGUUGGGUGUGUUUUGCGACGGAGGCGGACGACAGGCUGGCGGCUUGGGUCCAGCCGUGUAAAUGCAUCGGGACUACGAAAUGGGUACAUCAAAGCUGUCUCCAACGGUGGGUGGACGAGAAACAACGGGGCAACAUAACUCGGAAAGUCCUGUGUCCACAGUGUAAAGCAGAAUACAUAGUGGUCUUCCCGUCUAUGGGAGCUUUCGUCGCGCUGCUCGACGCUAUGGAGGAGAUUACGCACAAGAUCUGUCCAUUCAUAGCUGGUGGUGUACUCCUAGGGUCCAUAUAUUGGAUCGCGAUCACCUAUGGAGCUGUCACAGUUAUGCAGGUUGUAGGCCAUAGAGAAGGCCUAGAGAUGAUGGAGUCAGCCGACCCCCUGGUUCUGCUGGUCUUACUACCGACCAUCCCGGUCACCCUCAUCAGCGCCAAGAUGUACAACUGGGAGGACUCCGUGCUCCUCUUCCUGAGGAAGUACUGCGCCAAGAUACCCGCCCUCUCCUAUAUAUUGCCGUUUGGCAGUGUGGAUGGCGACAGAGGCGCUAUAGUGACCGGCCACGGGAACCAUCAGAACCAAAAUGGGAACAACUCACAUCUAUCACCGACAAGAAUCUUCUGCUCCGCACUCCUCCUACCCACGAUAUCCACCAUUAUAGGCAAGAUCUUCUUCCGGUCCAUACAAAACAACCUACACAGAACUAUACUAGGAGGCCUUACAUACAUAACUAUCAAAGGAGCCUUAAAAAUCUACCACAAACAGAUGCUGUACAUCAGACACUCUAGUCGGAAAAUCCUAGACUAUACGGAAUCGAACCUUAAACUUUAUAGAAGCGCAGUCGCCUCUAACACUACUGACGCAGCCUCCAGCACACGAGAUGACAGCGAACAAGUCGUCUAAUACUAAUAAGUAGCUACUUCGGCUAAGUUCGUCAUUGUUCGGCUUUCUUCGGUACACACCGAUAAACAACUUAGCCGCGUUUGGAGUUGGAAGCCGACUUCAUAUUUGGAAGACCCCGAGUGUGACUAGUUAAAAGUGCUUGUUCGUGACGGGUCUGGAUGUUGCCAGAUAACAAAAUAAGAAGACAAAAGGAUUACGAUUUCCAGAAGGCAUUUUGGGUGGGUCAACUUGAAAAAAUGCAAACAAUAUUAAACGCUUCCAAAAUAUCGUUAGGUAGCUGAUAGGCUAUUUAUAACUGGGCUUUACGUAGCCUAUUAGUGUUAAAUUACUGUAUUAAUUACUUCCAUUUAAUAUUUAACGAAAAAGUUCGGAUUUCAGAGGAUUGUUUAUCAGAAAUUUUAGAUUUUAUAGGAGGAUAAAAAUAUGUUACAUAAUUAUAGAAGAAUGUAAUCUACAGGGGUAGCAACUAUUAGUUGACAAUACCAUUCAAAUGAAUGUGUCAAUUAAUAAUGUAUACACGUAGAAUGGAACGUUAUGUAAAGAAUGGUCAUUGUGGAUUCACAUCGAGCUUGCGUUUGCGAUUUUGUCAAUAUUUUUAUAUUAAAUGUAAAAUAAAGAGACCUUAACAAUUUACUGUGAACAUAACACUUGUAUAGUGUGGAAUUUAACUUCAUGCUCAUUCAUCCAUGACAUAACAAUUGCUAUAUUUUAAUACCAGUUGUCACCUUUAGUUCAUAUCGUAUUAAAACAACGGACGAUUUACGAAGGUUUUAUUAAAUUUCAUAAUUUGGCAAAACUAAGAACUCUUUGUAACCUAGGCCGAAAUUAAAGUAAAAAAUGACGUUCUUUUUUUUUGAAGUGACGGUUUUAUUUCUAACCACAAAAUAUUUUGUUGUCAAAACACAUUUAAGGUCGAUUUUGUUUUUAUAAUCGGCAACGAACUGUCGUUGCUAGCUUAGUGGAACCUCAAAAAGAAUUAUAUAUUAUAUUGUUGUAAUAUAGUGUUAUAAUAUUUCAUAUCGACAGAACUUAGCAUAGUACUUUUUAUUUUUAGUUUAUUUUUAUAUAUACUUUUGUAAUAUACUUCGUUAAGGGACAUUGUUCAAAGUUUAAGUUUGCUUCAACUUCCGCUUUGGGCCAAAUGUCUGCAUUUGUUUUGUAUAAAGUCUUUAAAAUGUUAAUUCUUUGAACAAUGUCAAAUAUCUUCCUAACAAUCAGUCAGCUUGGCAUCGUUAGCUAUCCUAAAGCGUGCCAAAUUCAACCUUAUGUUUAUCGGAAUAAGGAUUUUAUUUAAACGGCAUUUUUGCUAAAUAUUAUAGCUUAAAUUUUCAGUACUUUUAAUGUAAAUAACAUAGGUAUAGAUUAAUUUUAAAUACGAUCGAGUGUGAUAAGUCGGGAAUUGUUAACUUUAGAAGAUUUAACUAAAUUGUACAGUAAAUGUGAAGUUAUUUGUAAGAUUGAGUCCCAAUGAUAUUGAUAAAAUCUUGUAUAAAGAGUGCCUUUCUACACAAAUUUAAAAAAAAACUUGAAUGUAUAUAUAUUAAAGUUGUGUUUCUUCCUUGCGACUGGUGCUUACUAGCCGUAGCUAUGGCAAAAUAUACAUAUUUUAGUUAACGUAGUCGAUUAAUCGAUAGCUGAAAAUUUAUUCGAUUCUUAUAUCGAUUUCAACUUGUCAAUAGUUUGAACUUGUAUCAUCCAUCUUGCCAACGCGUUUCUAAUUUUCUAUUUCGAAAGAACGUGUAUACUCAAAUAAUUGAUUACAUUCAUAUAGAGUUAUAAAUUGUAUAAUUUGUUUUAUAAAUAUUGUGGUUUAUAUUUUUUUUUAUUACUAUGUUAAACUUGUGCCGAUUUGAUAGUAACUGUUGGCUAGGUGUGUUAUUGAUUGCUUUUAAUUACACUGAUAAUUGGGUAUUUACCUUUAAUGGCCUUGUUAUAUACCACUGCGGUGCAAUUUACCUCCCUAGUAAUGCUUUGAAUUGUAAUCGGCUGCAGUUAUCUUUAAUUAUAUUAACUGUAAAAACAUAGUUUCUUAUUUGACAAUAGCAAUUAAUUGUUUUUCCAAAUAUUUUUUUCAAAAGAGAAAAUUUGAUGAAAUAAAAGCCUUACAUUAAACAUACAUACAUACAUUAAUUAUACUCAAGAAUAAUCCAUAUGGUAUGCUUUCUCAGCUGGAACACGAUUAUUGCAAUUUCCAUUUUUGAGUCAUUUCCACUUUUUAGUUCCAGCAUUGAUAAUUAAUUCAUAAAAUUUAUAAUCUUUCAUUUCUUCGUCCUCAUUUAAAUUGUCUUUGAUAAUUUCUAAUGCCCACUGUAACUGCAUAGGACUGCUUAAAUUAAUAGCAUGAAUUAUAUGUUAGUUUACACGAUCACACAUAGAUGGCGCUGUAGAGUAACAAUGCAAUAUUAUUACGUUAUCCCCACUACGGGGUUCACAACAAUGUUAAAAAUUCCAACUUACUAAAUGUACUUGUAAUGAAUAAUUCUAUUGUCCCACCUUAGCCUUGGUUAUCGUCAAGUGGUCACAAGUAUUAGUUUUGCUAGUCUUUUGUAAAUCUAGCGCCCCUCAUGUUUUGUAUAAACGACGCUAAUUUUAACUUAAUUAUUUUGUCUACUGUACAUUUUGAACAGAUUAUAAAUAUUUUUUAUUGAGUCUCA